AUGGCUUCUACUAGUACAGAUUCACAGUCCACAAUCGCUCAGAAGUCAUGGGUGAUGGCAAAUAAUAUUGAAACUGUGUCUAGUGUUGAUGAUAUUUAUCGAUACGACAAAAAGCAACAGCAAGAUAUCCUAGCCGCUAAACCCUGGGAAAAAGACCCUCAUUUCUUCAAAGACAUCAAAAUCUCAGCGCUGGCAUUGCUUAAAAUGGUUAUGCAUGCACGUUCGGGAGGGACGUUAGAAGUUAUGGGACUUUUGCUUGGUAAGGUUGAUGCAAACACAAUGUUAGUAAUGGACUCAUUUGCUUUGCCCGUUGAAGGGACAGAGACCAGGGUGAAUGCUCAAGCCCAAGCCUAUGAGUAUAUGACUGCAUAUAUAGAGGCAGCUAAACAGGUUGGUAGACAUGAAAAUGCCAUAGGUUGGUAUCACAGUCAUCCUGGUUAUGGUUGUUGGUUGUCCGGCAUUGAUGUCUCCACACAGAUGCUCAACCAGAACUUCCAAGAGCCUUUCGUAGCCAUUGUCAUAGAUCCCGUCAGGACCAUCUCAGCCGGCAAAGUUUGCCUCGGAGCAUUUAGAACUUAUCCCAAGGGUUACAAACCAGCUAAUGAAGAGCCAUCGGAAUAUCAGACCAUACCAUUGAAUAAGAUUGAAGACUUUGGUGUUCAUUGCAAGCAAUACUACUCUCUAGAAGUGUCAUACUUCAAAUCUUCUCUGGACAGAAGGCUGUUAGACUCGUUGUGGAACAAGUAUUGGGUUAACACUUUGAGCAGUUCCAGUCUGAUAACCAACGCUGAUUACACGACCGGACAGAUAUUUGAUCUCUCGGAUAAAUUGGAACAAAGUGAAGUUUGUUUAGGUCGCGGUGGCUUUCUGAUAGGUACAGAUCCUCAUGAAAAACGCACUGAAGAUAAACUAGGCAAAGCUACUAAAGAUGCUUGUAAGACAACUAUAGAAGUUAUCCAUGGACUGAUGGCACAAAUGAUCAAGGACAGAUUAUUCAACAGUGUCAUCGGCCGACCCUCUCCACCUACUCCAAUGCUCGAGUAA